GAAACUGUCAGCUAACGUUACCGUUCUCGGGGUUAGUGUGUAGCCCCCCCCCCUUCCUGACGUCAUGUCUGGAGGCUGGCUGCUCGCGCUGCUGACACUGUUCACCUCCAACAGAGAAACUUUCCUGGAGUUCUCAGGCUCUUUGACUGCGGACCAAGGCAAAUCCUGCUCAGAGGAAGCCGCAGCAGCUCGGAGGCCCUCCAUGCCGCAGGGAGACAGAAAGCGGGGCUAUAGUCACUUCUAAAGCCGAGGAACAUUUUUACCUUACAUACCCUAUUUUAUUUCAAACUUAUAAAAGUGAAGCCAACGUUUUUCCUUGGGUAACGUUAGCGUAUUAAGUACAUUCCCAUACCGGGUUGGAGGUCUGUACCUACAGGAAUAUGCUCAGGAAUACAAAAGUUUUUCUUACUCGUAAAAAGUGAAGUGAGUUUUUCACGGAGCCAAAAGUAACCUGGACCUCUUUUCCCCAAAAACCGUUUUUUCUUUAAUUCGUUUUCGGUAUGGAUAUGGCUUGGAUUAGAUGGGGCCUCUUAUUUUCGUUCGGUUUGUUUCUCUCCCCGGUAUGUGUGUCAGCGGAGCAGCAGCAGAGCCACAGCGGCUUCAGGAGGCUGUACGUGCUCCAGCCCGGGCCGAGCCUGGGGUUGGCCGGAGCGGACGGCGGGGUGCGAGUCAGCUCCAUCUCGACGCGUCACGGCGCGGCGGGGCAGCCGCACACGUACAACGUUGAGCUCACCGCCAAUUUCGGCGGCCAGGUCCGGACCCGCAGGAUGGGGAACCAAGCGGCUUCAGCCCCGCAGUUCAGUCAGCAGAAGCCGGGCGUCCGGCAGAGCGGACAGGAGCAGAGCCAGCAGAAGCAGCUCAUGAAACUGUCUGGGGUGAAUGUCUGUGGAGGGCAGUGCUGUCAUGGAUGGAGUAAAGCUCAGGGAUCGCAGAGGUGCACAAAACCCAAUUGCAUCCCUCAGUGCCAGAACGGAGGAAUGUGCCUCAGGCCUCAGCUCUGUGUCUGCAAGCCUGGCUCAAAUGGGAAGGCAUGCGAACAGAAGACGGUGCCCACACACCCCUUUCCAGCACUGCCUGGGAAUAUACCCACCAAUGGGCACACAACUGGUCACACAAAUGGACACACUAAUGGUCCCACUAAUGGACACAAUGGGGUACACCAGCGACCCAUACCUCAGCAAGUGCCUCCCAAUGGUUAUGCCUCAGCCUCCCCUCCUUCUAGCAACAUGGCCCAGAUGAAACUAAAUGUCAAGCCGGCCCAGCUUUUACGACCACAUUACAUCCAACAGCACACCCAGCAGCAGAUCGGGCCCAUGUCCAUGCACCCAGGUCAGAGCCAGCAGUAUGUUAUGAAGCCCAAAUACUACCACACCCACCACACACACACACACACACAGACGCAUGUCCAGUCACAACCUGAGAGGCCGAUCCCCCUAACAGUGGGACACAACCCCAUCCAUGUGGGCAACCAUACAGGAAGGAUCAAGGUGGUCUUCACACCAACCAUCUGCAAAUUAACCUGCAUAGGAGGCAGAUGUCACAACAACUGUGAGCUGGGAAAUACCACCACCAUCAUCAGUGAGAAUGGUCAUGCUACAGACACCCUAACAGCACCCAACUUCAGAGUAGUGGUGUGUCACCUGCCGUGUAUAAAUGGCGGCAAGUGCAGUGCCAGGGACAAGUGUCAGUGCCCUCCCAACUUUACUGGAAAGUUCUGCCAGAUGCCCAUUCAGAACGGACACCAGCAGCACCAGCAGAUGUCAGGCGGCUACAGCCAAACUCAGGUCCACUCCACACAUACACUGCCUCUGACCUACAGCAACGGCCAGAGUCCUGUCUUCAGCCCCAGCAUCGUCAACAUCCACAUCAAACAUCCUCCAGAGGCUUCUGUCCAGGUCCACCAGGUGUCUCAGCUGGACAACUACCACAACAACGGGCACCAGCUGAAAGGUUCCCAGUCAGGCUCCUCUUCAUCCACCAGCUACAGAUACCACCACACAGAGAGCAGCCAGAAGAUCCAGCACCACGGCUACAACAUAGUUUAUCCCAGCCAGCAUGGCUACCAGGUCCCCCAGUACCAGCCCUCCAAGAACAUGCUGGGUCGCUGCUUCCAGGAGACUGCAGGGAGUCAGUGUGGGAAGGCUCUGCCAGGACUCACUAAGCAGGAGCAGUGCUGUGGGACCAUUGGGACAUCCUGGGGUUUCCACAAAUGCCAGAAGUGUCCAAAGAAACCAUCUAUCCCUCUGAUAGAUUGUCCUCAGGGUUAUAAGAGAAUCAACAGCUCUCAUUGCCAAGAUUUAGAUGAGUGCCAGCUACAGGGUGUGUGUCCUAAUGGAAACUGUCUGAACACCGUGGGCAGCUACAGGUGCAUGUGUAAACCCGGCUAUGUCCCUGACCCCACGCUCACUACAUGCAUAUCCAACACGCCUGCCAUCCAAGAGGAGAAGGGGGCUUGCUUCCGUUUGGUCAGCUCAGGGAGGCAGUGUUUGCACCCAGUGUCUGCCCAGCUGAGCAAACAGCUCUGCUGCUGCAGUGUGGGCAAAGCCUGGGGCCCUCGUUGCGACAAAUGCCCCCCUCCAGGAACAGCUAAGUUCAAAGAGAUCUGUCCCGGUGGAAUGGGCUACACUGUUCUACCAAAUCCACCUGUCAAUAAGCCAGUCACCGUUUACCAGGAGCCCAUUGACCCACUACCCCCUCAACCUCUGCCCACACCAGAAAGACCAGUGGAGGCUUUUGGCAAACCAGAAGAGAUUAUACCAGUAGCAACAACUGCACCAGAUCAGGAGCUGGUAGUUCCUGUGGUUAGUAAUAGGCCAGUAGUUGAACCUAUCCUGCCCCAGCUAUCUCCGGGUGUAUCCACUAUCAAGAUCGAGGCAGCCAACCCAGUAGAGGUUGUUGAAAGGAGCUCUCCACCUGCACCAGUGGAGAUCCUCCCAUCUAAUGCAGGCCAGGACAUCGCUCCCACUCAGUCAGCUGAAGUGGAUGAGUGCCAGAUCAACCCUUAUAUUUGUGGCCAGGGGAUUUGUUACAACACAGCUGAGGGUUACACCUGCCACUGUGAUGAGGGAUACCGCCUGGAUGACACCCAAACCACCUGUGUAGAUGUAGAUGAUUGUUUGGAAAACCCAUCUUUAUGCUUUGGCGGUCACUGCACGAACACAGAGGGCAGUUUCCUGUGUGUUUGUCCGUGGGGAUUCCUUGUCGAUGAAGAGGGAACCAGUUGUGUUGAUAUUGAUGAAUGUACGAACAGGUCAGCGUGUCCUUCUGGUAUCUGCCUUAAUGUGCCAGGGGGCUACAACUGUGGCUCCUGUCCUAAUGGCUUCUUGGGACAGGGAGGCCAGUGUAUAGAUAUAGAUGAGUGCCAGGAUCAGCGGGUUUGUACCAGAGGCCACUGCCAGAACACCGAAGGCUCCUUUAUCUGUCAGUGUGGGCUAGGUUUCAGAGUGUCCCCGGCUGGGGACCAUUGUGAUGAUGUGGAUGAGUGUUUAGAAGACGCCAGGCCCUGUGAGGCUGUCGGGGAGUGUGUUAACAACAUGGGCUCCUACACCUGUACCUGCCCCAGGGGAUACCGACAGAUCAACGGCACCAGCUGCAGAGAUGUUGAUGAGUGUGUGGAUGAACCAGAGCUCUGUUCCCCCCAUGGCGAGUGUCUCAACACAGAGGGAUCCUAUGUGUGUGUGUGUGAGAGUGGAUUCACUGCCAACCUCGACAUGCCCUCCUGUGAUGAUAUUGAUGAGUGUGGGCUAAAUGAGACAAUGUGCGGCCCUCAUGGCUUCUGUGAGAACAGACUGGGUUCCUUCCGAUGCCUCUGUGACCAGGGCUACCAGGAGUCCCAGGAUGGCCAAGGCUGUGUGGAUGUGAAUGAGUGUGUGCUGCUGAGCGGUAUGUGUGGAGAAGCCCAGUGUGUGAACAUUGAUGGUUCCUUCGUCUGCCUGUGUCCCAGUGGCCAGGACUAUAACACCAUGAUCGGCAAGUGUGAGACCAUUCCCACAGCAUCAACAGUGGAGCGUAAGGAGUGCUACUAUCAUCUGAACGAUGAGAACCUGUGUGAGAGUGUGCUGACCAGCAAUGUCACCCUGCAGGAGUGCUGCUGCACACUGGGAGCCGGCUGGGGUGACAACUGUGAGGUGCAUCCCUGUCCUGUCAAUGGCACAGACCAGUUCAAUCAGAUAUGUCCAUCUGGAAGAGGUUUUAUUCUCAAUGGAGACUUGUUGUAUGGAGUACCCACAGCUGACAGCUACAAAGAUGCAGAUGAAUGUACACUGUUUGGCCAGGAGGUGUGUAAAGGAGGCUUCUGUUUGGAUACUGUGGGCAGCUACGAGUGUUACUGCAAGACCGGACAGGACUACGACCCUGCCAACCUGGAGUGCAAAGACAUCAAUGAGUGUCUGGAUGAGUCAGUGUGUGUUGGUGGACAGUGUUUGAACACAGAUGGCUCAUACAUGUGUUUCUGUACACAUCCCAUGGUAUUGGACCCCAACAGUAACCGCUGUAUCUUUGUUCCUGAGGUAGCUGAGCAACAAGAGUUGGAGCAGAUAGACUACCAGGGCAUCUGCUGGCAGACGGUUACAGAAGCAAAGUUGUGUAUGCGGCCGCUGGGUCCCAACAGGAAGACCACAUACACAGAGUGCUGCUGUCUGUAUGGACAGGCCUGGGGCAUGGACUGUGCCUUGUGUCCACCCAGAAACACCGAGGAUUAUGCGUCCAUGUGUAACCUUCCUCUGGGUGAUGGGCGGCGGCCCUACGGUCAUGACGCCCUUGUUGCCGGCCCAGUCCAUGAAUAUGAAGUGAGCCCAGACUAUUCACCAUCACCUGAGCAGCAAGCUGUCCUACCUUUUUACGAGAAUGAGGAGCAGCCAUACAAGGCAUUUGAGGGUUUGCGAGCAGAGGAGUGUGGGAUACUAAACGGCUGUGAGAACGGUCGGUGUGUCCGGGUUCAGGAGGGUUACACCUGCGACUGCUUUGAUGGAUACACCCUGGACCUGUCCCGCAUGGCCUGCAUUGAUGUGAACGAGUGUUCAGAACUAAACAAUCGGAUGUCGUUGUGUAAAAAUGCAAAGUGCAUCAACACAGUGGGCUCCUAUCAGUGUGUGUGUCUGCCGGGCUUCACUGCCUCGGACAAACUCAACUACUGUGUAGAGGCAGCAACACACCAAACAUCACCAGACACACAGUGAGCAUGGACGGAGACUAGGGGGCGACAAAAGACACUAAAACCACACGCACAAGCUUGUAUUACUAUACUUGUGAGGACGUCCACUAACUACAUUCAGUCACUGCCAAAUCCUCAACACUAAUCUUAAAGGUGAACUCCCUGGUUUGGUUAAAGUGUCCAGCUGCACUCCCAAAUCACUUCACAACUGAUCAUGUGACAGUGACUUGAAGGAAAGUUAGAGAUUUGGGGGUCAUAUAGCAAAAUCAGGGAGUGUACCUUUUAAACUGAUAAAAAUCUAGUUAUAAUCCUUGCCCUUUCUAAAUCAAACCUCCAAAACCUAAACCUUAAAUAUUGCCUUUGAAUGAACCUAAUCCUUAUUCUAAUCUUACUCCAUAAUUCAAAAAGUAAUCUAAAUCCAGAUCUACCAUUUAUCAGUGUCAUUAUAUUUACUCAUUUCCUGCAUUUCCCUUGUGUUCUACAACACUGUGGAUUUUUUCAGUACUUCUGUUGCAUUAUAUUUGUUAUAUUUUCUAUUUAUGUUACCCUUGAUAAAUAUUAUAAAGUACUCCCAAUGUUAAGACCUAAUUUUGUGAUUGAUUAAUUAAUAAUUUUUUAAAAUGAAUUUUCACCGACUACACUACACUGUAACUUGCUCUGGUUUCUGUGGUUAAAGCUCCUGGUGGUUCUGCUCCUACCUUACUAUCACAUCGCAUUGCAAAUAUUGUUGCAAGGAGUCAUCGUUAAUGUCACACCUGUGCUUUUACUUCUAUGACAAGUCAAAAUGUCUGCUGUGUAAACUGUCUCAAAUUCUGUUGGCUUCCAAAUGUGUCUGUCAUCUGACAGAUCAAGACUAAAGCUGUCUGAAAUCACUCAUUCAGUAUUUCUUAUAUAACACACUCCACUUUACUCUAUAAUGACCAGUACAUUGAGAAUUUAGACAGUUAUGAAUCAUAAUUUUCACAUAAAACGUAAUGCAUUGCAUUCUGGGAAUAUAUGAAAAUUGUCUUCCAAGUGCAUAAGCCAAAAAAGUUUGAUAGCUUCCUCACGCACAUAAAAAUAGCUUUUCUUGGCUCUGGGAAAGUUUUACAAAUAUAAAAUCUUGUCGAUUUUAAAAAUUCAUAAUACAAAGUAAUAACUGACCUUGCUUGCAAUUUUAGGUGGUCUGUCAACAAUUUUAAAGACAUCUCUUUUAUAAUGGUGGUCUAUAGGGAAAAUGCGUUUUGAGCCCCAGGGGAUUUUUUCGUUGCAGUACCAAGAGUGGCUACUGAGACAAAUUGCCAGCAAGGCUGAGCGGUAUCAGAUCUCUUAAUAUAAUAAAUUUAAAUAAAUGUAAUAUUAGAAAUUUUGAGGGCACUAUAUACAAUAUUCAGACACUCACCUAAAAUGGCAGAGGGUAAAUGUAGCGCACCAGAUAGUAAAUAGGGAGUAAUUUUGUACAUAGCCAAUGAGUCUACAGCCACAUGCUGACGUUUAGCUGGUAUAAUGUUCGGUUUACUAUCUUAGUUUAGCAUGUUAGCAUGCUAGCAUUUGCUAAUUAGUACUUAACAUUAAUCGCAGCUGAGACUGAUAGAAAGUCAUUAGUUUUACAGGUAUUUAGUCACAAACCAAAGUACUGGACAAAUUAGAAUUUUGACCUGAUGAUGGCGCUAGAUGAAAAGUCACAGGAUCAAAGUUAUUACAAUUCAUCCUCUGGGGAACAUGGAUGUCUGUACCAAAUUUCAAUGUAAUCCAUCCAAUUGCGGAUUUUUCCAAAGUAAUUAAGCUGGACCAAAGAGGUGGACUGACCAACCAACAAUGCCAUCACUAGAGCCCCACUGCUAGCAUGGUUCAGAAGUUUGGGGACCACUGCUUUAAAGAAUCCUUUAAAAAAUUGUACCUUUGUAUUUAUUAUGCUGCGAAUAAAUCACUUCCCUAUACUUAUGAUGUAUUGUCAGAAUAAAUAAUCAGUUUUUUUUCUUACUUAGCUCAACAUUUGAUGGAGGACCUGAGUCAUUUUAAUUUAUGUUUAAUUAUGGUGUAUAAUUGUGUAAUUAUUAACAUUAAAGGAUGGUAAAUUCGUUGAAGCCCAACAACUAAACCUAAUUUUUUACAUUUUAUUGCUAAAUUUUAAAUGACAACCUCAAAGAAGUGGGAAUCAACUAGUAGUCUUCAAACAGAGCUUUAUCACGUUUUUUGUAUCCCUGAGGGGACAUUUGGUCCUUAAAAGUAUAGAAAUACAAGCACACAUACAUACACACAGACACUUACUUAAUCAAAGCCCAUAUAUUCUGCACUGUAUAAGUUACACACUAAAUGAAACAAACAGCAAUUUACUUGAGAUGAAGAUUCAACUUAAUCUACUAUGUGGUGCCUAUGUGGGGGAUAGAAACAAAGAUUUGUAUAAAAUGUAUGUUUUGUCUGUUGCUUUUCAAAGUUUGUUUCUUUUUUUUAAAGUGGAGUUUUAUCUGUGUUAUAAGAGGCCAUUUUGCUCAUUUAACGUAUCGACAAACCCUAUGGACUUGUGAUGGGGGAUCAUCUUGUUAUUUUCUACCCAGUCAAACUGAUUGUGGAUAUUUAAUUGUGUGAAGAGGCCAGCUGUCUGCUCCCUCUCUUUCUCCAUUACCGUCUCUCUGUCAUAAAGAAAAGCGUGUUUCUAUACUUCAGAAUCACCAAAUCAUUAAUAUGCACAUUUUGAUGUACUAAAGAAAGUUGCUAAUGUAAAGUCUUUAGAAUAAGCUUUUUGUGGGAUUUUGUCUUUGUUUUGUAAGAAUGAUAAAAUGCAAUCAUACAGUAAAACUACUUGUUGUCUGCAACAUAAAACAAUGCCAAGUUCCAUGUUUCUUACAAAGAGCUAAAAGACUUUUUAUUGUUUCCUGGUAUUCCUUCCCUUCUUCCUUCCCCUCUGUAUGUGUUGAGAUGACUGAAAUGAAUUUCUAUUUUUCAUACUUCUCUUAUCUGCGUUUCACUGCAAAGUCUUGCCAGGUUGCAAAGCUGCUAUGGGACAGCGAUGGGAGAGAAGAAACUUGUGUACAUUUAAACAAAAAAGUGGAGAAAACAGCUGAAGUAUUUGUAAUUUGUACAUGAAUAAAUAGUUUUUUCUAUGAAUUCAUAUUACAGUGUACAUUAAACCCCUUGGUAAUAAACCACAAAUUGUUAUAUUUA